AUGCUAUCUCAUGCCGACCUCCUGGAUGCUCGCCUCGGUGAGUUAUCAUCACCAAACUCCGGUCUUCAACUCUACUGGAUGAAGGAUGCCGCGGCGGAGCUCCUGGGCCACAGGGAGGCUCUGAAGUGCAGGCUCGGCGGAGGGGGACCCGACCCGGGCCACUCCGGCGAGCUCGGUCCGGGCUCGGACGGCGUGGAGGGCUCCACGAUGCUCCCCGGUGAAGAUAUCAGCGGCGGCGGCGGUGGAUCCAACACGGUGCAGGUGAACAGCAAAGAUCAGGAGAAGCAGCAGCAGCAGCAGAACAGCAGCAACUCGAGCCAGUCCGGAGGACAGCAGUCCCAGAAACAGAAGCGGCACCGGACCCGCUUCACCCCGGCGCAGCUCAACGAGCUGGAGAGGAGCUUCGCCAAAACGCACUACCCAGACAUCUUCAUGCGGGAGGAGCUGGCUCUGAGGAUCGGCCUGACGGAGUCCCGAGUGCAGGUCUGGUUCCAGAACCGACGCGCCAAGUGGAAGAAGCGCAAGAAGACCACCAACGUGUUCCGCUCUCCGGGCACUCUCCUGCCGACGCACCACGGCCUGCCCCAGUUCCAGUCCGCCGCAGCGGCGGCAGCGGCCAUGGGCGACAGCCUCUGCUCCUUCCACGCCAACGACACCCGCUGGGCCACCGCAGGGAUGCCUGGCGUGUCUCAGUUGCAGCUCCCACCUUCUCUGGGUCGCCAGCAGGCCAUGGCGCAGUCCCUGUCACAGUGCAGCCUCGGCGCCGGGCCGCCGCACAACUCCAUGGGUCUAUCCAACAUGUCGUCCAACGGCGGCGGGCUGCAGUCACACCUCUACCAGCCCUCGUUCCCCGGGAUGGCGUCCUUAUCCGGUCCGAACAACGUGCCCGGCUCGCCUCAGCUGUGUGGCCCGGACAGUGAGGUCUGGAGAGGGACAAGCAUCGCGUCGCUGCGCCGCAAAGCGCUGGAGCACACAGUAUCCAUGAGCUUCACCUAGUACGAAGAACUUUUCCUCUGCGUUCAGUUCUUAUUCAUCCAUCCACCGGGAAAAAUACAAGCAGGAUACUUGUUCACAUCACAAAGAGUAGAGCUGUGCACCUGGCAGUUUGAUUCUCUCCCCAAUCACAGACCAGAGGGAGAACUGAAGCUAUUUAUCAGGCCUCAUGGCCUCUAUCAAGCAUAGGGCUGGUUCUGUUUAAUGCUAUAAUUUAUUAUUUCGCAUGUAGCCUAUGACGACUAUUUAUUUGUCUAUUUAAAUUGAACUUAUUGGUUUGCUCAGUAUUUAUUUAUUUGGCACUGCCCUCGCCUGUUGUUGCGUGGGCUCCCGGUGACUGACUGGUUUUUGAAGACAAUUUCUGAGGAUACCUUGAAAUACUCAACUGUAGGUGACACAUUUCCCCUUUGUUUUUUUCUCCAAACCUGCUGCACAGCAUGCAACUGUGAAGGGCCAAAGGCGCGUGCACGGUGGACGUGCAGAAACACCGAGGAAGUUUAACAGCAUGAGCACAUGAACGAUUUCACCAGAGAGAAAGAAGAGAGGGAGGGAUGAGGUUGUGUUGGUUUGACAGGAAUCAGGACAACAUGGAAAAGGACUUGACUGCAUGUGCUGUCCAGGGCAAAAAUAAAUAAGUAAAUAAACAAAUACAAAACGAAGGGACAUACGACAAAUGACGACAUGAAAACUGACUCUAACUAUAAUCUGUUAUAUAGGAUGUUUUGUGUAGGGGAAGCACUCUCUUCCCAUUUGGUCAGUUUGUGAUAACUUAUGUUUCCAAGGGUUAUGUCUGUGCUUAUUAUCAAAUAUGACUUUCUUAAAUGUUUGAACCAUUUUUGU